GCGCAAUCGUGCUGGCGCACCUAUAGUGAGCGUGCCAGCCAUUACUGUGUGUAGAGGUGUAUUCUUGUUAUAAUUCGAAAUUUUUAACCAAAGGUAAGUCAUUUAAUAUAUUAUUCGAAUAAAACAGCGUUAACCACCAACUAUUGCAUGCGUAUUUAUUAAUACAAUAUCUCGGUUUUGAUUUUGAAAGCGUAUUUUAUCAUUUGUAUUGUCAACUGAAACAAACUUUUGUAGUUUUGGGGUUAUGCCAAUCAUUCGAAGCGGGUAAUGGCGGUCAGUGACCGGUAUUACCCUAUACGAAAAUAUAGGACAAGUUUUUGACAAACUUUCAUAUAUCUUUAUCGCAUAUAAUAAUGUAAAAAUAGUAUCUCAUAAUUGCUUUUUGUUCGCAGAUGCCCAGGAAGAGACCUAGAACAACAACAAAGGCGUCGUGGAGUAAAGCGAUCUUAGAAAAAGCUAUCGUUUUGGAUAACCAUUAUAGCCACGUGUCUUUAGAAGCAUUCAAGUUUUGCCGAGAAAACAAUAUCGUCAUUCUUUCUAUUCCGCCCCACACAUCUCAUAGAAUGCAACCGUUAGAUGUUGCAUUUUAUGGCCCUCUAAAAGCUGCUUUUCGGAAGGGAUGUGAUUUGUUUAUGAAAAGCAAUGCAUUACAGAAAAUUACCCCGUAUGAUGUGGCGUCUCUAUUUAACAAAGCCUACUGUGACACAGCUACGAUUAAGAAAGGGGUUUCUGGUUUCAAAGCAUCAGGAAUAGUGCCAAUUACCCCUUCAAUUUUUGGAGAAGAAGACUUUUUCGCUUCAGACUAUUUAUUAGCUAACAACACCGAUCUUGUCAUCAAUGAUUCCAUACCUAACACCUCUAAUCAAAAUCGAGAAACAGGUGAAGAUACUUCUGAACCAGAAACCAGCAACCAACUGCAGAAUACCAUACCUCCGCCUGAAAUGGAUAAUUCCCUUUCAGGUCCUAGUAAUAUUUUGACGCCAAGUAAAAUUAUACUAUUUCCCUUGCCACUUCCAACAGCAACAAAAGCUACAAAACGUGUGAAAACCAAACAACACUCCGCCAUAUUGACAGCAACACUUGUAAAAGAAGAAUUAGAAAUAAAGGGAAAAAAAAAAGAAUGUCAAGACAAGACAAUCCAAGAAUAUCAAGGCAUCAAAAAUCAGUUCAGAAUUUUCUUCUUCGGAUGAGGAACUUUUGGCUUCAAAAAAGAAAAGGCGUUUUGAAAAUGUUUGUUACGACAAUAAUGUUGACGAUAUUUCUUCAGGAAAUGAAGAAGAGAUAUGUUGCAUCUGUAAAGAGUUCGGAAAGAAUGAGAGGUUUGGUAUAGAUGCCGAAGUUGUGGGCAGUGGGCUCACAAAAAUUGUUCCGGUUGUGAUUCCCCUGAUAAAUAUGCAUGUGAUUAUUGUGAUAAAAAAUGGAAGGUUAUCAAGCGUCUUGAUUUGUAAUUUCUUAUAAUAUGAACUGUAAUAACUUGAAUUAGUUUUGCAAACUUUGAAUUGCCUACUUACU